AUUGCCUCAGUCCAGCAGAGCAAAAUUUCCUGCAUGGUGCAACUUCCUCAUUCCACACUUGUUUUUCCAGCCUUGAGUUUCCAGAAGGUGAUAAUGUGGCCAUUCAACUUUAAGAGGAAACCUCUCCUAUAAACUCUAUCAUCAUCACAGUGUCAUAAGGCGUCAGCUUUUGCUUCCUUGAGUCACCUGCACACCUGCAGAGGAGGGAGGAGCCAGAUAGGAGGCUUGAAGAUAAAAAAGGUGUCGCGGGGUGAAGAUGCAGGGAAACUGCUGCGGGUCGAGAUAAAGUGAUCAUCAUGGCUAACUGGAUUAUCAACAAUGGGCUUACAGCCUUCAUACUGAUUGUCUGGAUGGGCAUCAACACCUUCCUUUUCGUCUGGUUUUACCUCUUCUACGACCAGGGGGAUCAGUUCUUCUACACGCGUCAUCUUUUAGGGUCUGCCUUGGCCUGGGCCCGAGCUCCUGCUGCUGUCCUCAACUUUAACUGCAUGCUGAUCCUGCUGCCAGUGUGCAGAAACCUGCUGUCUCUGAUCCGCGGCUCUUUCAUGUGUUGCGGCAGAACAAUGAGGAAACAACUGGACAAAAAUCUGAGUUUCCACAAACUGGUAGCGUACAUGAUCGGCCUGAUGACAGCCGUUCACAUGAUCGCCCAUCUGUUGAACGUGGAGUGGUACAACAACAGCAGACGAGGAGUUUACGACAAACUCAGCACGGCUCUGUCCACCCUGGACGACACGGAAAACACCACCUACCUGAACCCCAUCCGCUUCAUAGGCGUGGAAGCCCAGCAGAAUCCCACCUACCUUGUCUUCACCACCAUUGCCGGCCUCACAGGUGUCAUCAUCACCUUGGCCCUCAUCCUCAUCAUCACAUCCUCCAUGGAGGUCAUCAGGCGCAGCUACUUCGAGGUCUUCUGGUACACCCACCAUCUCUUCAUCAUCUUCUUCGCCGGUCUGGUCUUCCACGGAGCCGGACGCAUUGUGAGAAGUCAACAGACCACAGACCCACCGCACAACUUCACCAUCUGUAAGGACCGCAGUGACGAGUGGGGACGGAUUCCUGAGUGUCCCAUCCCACAGUUCGCUGGAGGAUUCCCACAGACCUGGAUGUGGGUGAUUGGUCCCAUGAUUCUGUACCUUUGUGAGCGUUUGCUCCGUUUCAUUCGCUACAUGCAGACAGUCAGAUACAGAAAGAUUGUGAUGCGACCGUCUAAGGUGCUGGAGCUGCAGCUGGUGAAGAACGGUUUUAAGAUGGAAGUGGGCCAAUAUGUCUUCCUCAACUGCCCAGCCAUCUCCCAGCUGGAGUGGCACCCGUUCACCAUGACCUCCGCCCCAGAAGAGGACUUCUUCAGCGUCCACAUCCGUUCAGCUGGGGACUGGACUGACAAACUCAUCAGCAUCGUGCAGGAGCUGCCAGAGGGAGCACAGGGACCAAAAAUGGGCGUGGAUGGACCCUUCGGCACAGCCAGUGAGGACGUGUUCGACUAUGAGGUCAGCAUGCUGGUGGGAGCUGGCAUCGGAGUCACUCCUUUCGCCUCCAUCCUCAAAUCCAUCUGGUACAAGUUCAAAAACUCCAACCCUAAACUCCGCACCAGGAAGAUCUAUUUCUAUUGGCUCUGCCGGGAAACACACGCCUUCGAGUGGUUCGCCGACCUCCUUCAGGUGCUGGAGAGAGAGAUGGAGGAGAGAGGAAUGGUGGAUUUCCUUACCUACAAGCUCUUUCUGACCGGCUGGGAUCAGAGCCAUGCUCAUCACGCGUGGGUUCACUUUGACGAGGACACAGAUGUGGUCACUGGGCUCAAACAGAAAACGCACUAUGGAAGGCCUGCCUGGGACAAGGAGUUCGAACAAGUCCGCAAAGAAAACCCCACAUCUGUGGUGGGGACUUUCUUAUGCGGCCCUGAGGCUCUGGCUAAAGUCUUGGAGAAAAAAUGUGUCAAAUACUCAGACGUGGAUCCUCGGAAGACCAAAUUUUACUUCAACAAGGAAAACUUCUGAGCCAUGGGAGUUCAUCGGGAAAGCAGUGCUUUUUAUUGCAUCUUGAAGGACUGCUCUUGUCGGGGACUUUGCUUCCUCAAACAAAGACUCGCUCAGGCUGGGUGUGUUUCUGCACACUCGACCUUUAUGCACUCUAUUAAAAUAGAAGCAUAGCAUGUUGUUUUCCAGCACUACUCAGGUAUUUCAGAUUUCUUCAACCAUGAUGAAAACAUGAAUUAGAAUGAGCUGAUAAUUCACAAUGACGCAAGGUUAACACGCACAGCCUUGUCUGUAUAGAUCACUGUAUUGUUGCUUUAAUCCAUAUGUCUGGUGUGGCCUUUGUUACUGACACUUGAACAAACACGCAUGGAAAUAUUUCUGUUACAGAAAGAUUAGGACCUCAAAGGGCUUGUCUCUUACAUGCAUUUUUAAAUAUGCAAAAAAAGAAAACAGAUUAAAAAGACAUGUUGAAAUUUUAAAUCAGAGCAGUAGUUAAAGAUCUAACUCAUAAAAAUCAAACUCAACUGCUGCAGCAGCUCUGCAGGAACUGAUAAAGGAUCAAAUGCACUGUAAAUAACCAGCUUUUGUUCUUAACUGUGUGAUUACGCUACAUGUUGAAAUAAUUGCAUUGUGAAACCGCAAAACUUUAACUUUUCUCCACUUAAGCGUCACCUGUUGCAGAAGAAUGCUUCCUGGAAACCAGCAGUGAUUUAUCGUUUGCUGUCACAUUACCUGCAUUUCCUUAUCGCUAGAAUUAAUGAGGUAAAGCAGGAGCUCACGUAGCCUGAGGUUUUCAAACUCAAGACAUGUUUGCAAACUUAUCAGACUUCAUGAUUCACUGUGUUUAUGCCCUUUCUUGUAAAUAAUUCUAAACUCAUUUUGAAUAAA